AAAUCAGAAUCCAUUGAUUUCAAGAAGUCCUAAUUUUUCCUUCUUGUCUAGGUUUCCUUCAGAUUCUUGAUAGCCAUGACACAAAGAAAUGCCACUGAAGUCACUGACUUCUAUCUUCUGGGAUUUGGAGUCCAGCAAAGCACUCAGUGUGUCCUCUUUAUUGUAUUUCUUGUGAUCUAUGUAACAUCCAUGGUGGGUAACACUGGGAUGAUCCUCCUCAUCAACACUAACUCCAGACUUCAGACUCCCAUGUACUUCUUCUUACAAAACCUGGCUUUUGUUGACAUCUGUUACACAUCUGCCAUCACUCCCAAGAUGUUGCAGAACUUCAUGGUAGAAGACUGCUCCAUAUCAUAUACAGGAUGUGUAAUACAAUUAUUUAUUUAUGCUAUAUUCGCAACCAGUGACUGUUAUCUCCUUGCUGUUAUGGCAGUGGACCGGUAUGUGGCAAUUUGUAAGCCCCUUCGCUACCCUAUAAUCAUGUCUCGAAAAGUGUGCAUACUGUUGGUAGCUCUUUCUUAUCUCAUGGGAUCAAUAAAUUCCUCAGUACACACAGGUUUUACAUUCUCAUUGUCUUAUUGUAAUUCCAAAAAUAUCAAUCACUUUUUCUGUGAUGUUGUGCCAAUCAUCAGUCUUUCAUGCUCCAACAUUGAUAUUAAUAUCAUGCUACUUGUUGUUUUUGUUGGGUUUAACCUGACAUUCACUGUGUUGGUCAUUAUCUUAUCCUACAUAUACAUCAUGACUGCCAUCCUAAAGAUGUCCUCUACUGCAGGGAGGAAGAAAACCUUCUCCACAUGUGCCUCUCACCUGACAGCAGUCACCAUUUUCUAUGGAACCCUUGCUUACAUGUACUUACAGCCUCAUUCAGACAAUUCUGAGGAGAAUAUGAAAGUGGCCUCUGUGUUUUAUGGCAUUGUGAUUCCCAUGCUGAACCCUCUGAUCUAUAGCUUGAGAAACAAGGAAGUCAAAGAAGGGUUUAAAGCAAUGAGCACAAAGAUUUUGAGAUUGAAAUUAAAUCCUUGAUACAGGGACCAUCAAAGGGUCUCAUGGACAUGUGUUUCCACAAUGUAAUAAUUCUGAAACUGAAUGUUGGGGUUGGUC